AGAUAACAGUGAAUUCAAGGUCGAGAGUACCUGUAUUUACGAUUUCUAAUUAGAUUUUAGUUGGGAAUUCCCAUUCAUAAGAGAAAUUUUAUGUUGAUCAUUUUUAUUGAAUCAUAACCAUUGAAAUUGUGUGGUGGUGUGUGUGCGUUGAUGGAGGUCGUGAUAGUUCAGAAAGUGUGUCAUCCUCAUCGCGUUAGAACGAAGAAAGUUCAAUGAAAACGUACGCCACGCUGUGAAAUUACCAGUGACAAAUAAACGGAACAUAUCAAUCGAAACGCUCAAUCGAAAACCACGAAUUUGUAACGAGAACCAAACAUGUUUGCGAGGAUUACUUUUUACCCCACGCUCAUGUACAAUAUCUUUAUGGAGAAAUGCACCUCGAGAAUGUGGUACAACCGGAUCGACGACACCGUCAUCCUUGGGGCGCUCCCCUUUCCAAGCAUAACCCACGAACUGGUCGAGAAGGAAAGAGUCAAAGCUGUGAUUUCUAUGAACGAAGACUAUGAACUGUGGCUGGCCAAUGAUGCAGAGAAAUGGAAGUCUGUGGGUGUAGAGUUCUUGCAGCUACCAACAACAGAUAUAUUUGAAACUCCAGACCAAGAGAAGCUUGUCAGGGGUGUGAAGUUUAUCAAUAAAUUUCUGCCAGAGACAAAAAGUGAUUUUCAUGAUAGAUCGGUGUAUAUCCAUUGCAAAGCUGGAAGGACAAGAAGUGCAACUCUGGUUGGAUGCUAUUUGAUGGCUCGGAACAAAUGGACUCCGGAGCAGGCUGUGGACCACAUGAGGCUCGAGAGACCGCACAUUCUGCUUCAUCGGGCGCAAUGGAUGGCCCUGAAGACUUUCUAUACAGACGUGAUACCGCAUACGAAAUUAUUAGAAUAAUGUAUUGCCUAUAAUU